CUCUUCCAUUUUUUCCUCAUCUUUUUGCACUUUUUCAAGUUUUAAGUCUCUGAUAUACAGUUCCUCAGCCUCUGCCUUUUUAACAUUAAUUUUUAUUAAAGUGCAAUAAUUAUGGGGAGAGCGCCAUGCUGUGACAAAAAUGGCCUCAAGAAAGGUCCAUGGACUCCUGAGGAAGAUCAGAAGCUCACUAGUUAUAUUCAGAUUCAUGGGCCUGGAAACUGGCGUAAUCUUCCUAAAAAUGCUGGACUUCAAAGAUGUGGAAAGAGUUGUCGGCUCCGAUGGACUAAUUAUCUGAGGCCUGAUAUCAAGAGGGGGAGAUUCUCUUUUGAAGAAGAAGAGACCAUAAUUCAAUUACAUAGCGUCUUAGGAAACAAAUGGUCAGCCAUAGCUGCUCGCUUGCCUGGACGAACCGAUAACGAAAUCAAGAACUACUGGAACACCCACAUAAGAAAACGACUUCUUCGAAUGGGAAUAGACCCGGUGACCCACACACCUCGGCUCGAUCUUCUCGACCUCUCCUCGAUUCUCACCGCGGCCCUACGCAGCCAGUCCCUUCUCAACCUCUCAAGCAUAUUAAACAAUCAAGCCCUAUCCCUGAACCCGGACUCCAUAAACCUAAUCUCCACCCUCUUAGCUCUCAAACAAGAAGACCCAACAAGUUUACUUCUCCAAAAUCUGCAUCAAAAUCAUCAGGCUCAAGUUCAAGCGCAAAUGGAUUCGUUAUCACACCUAUUACAACCCAAUAGUGGUAAUGUGGAUGCAACUUCUUCAAUGCCCAUCGCGAAUUUUGUUAAUAGCUGCCCAAAUUCACAAGAAAAUCUGAAUAUUUUACCUUCAAAUUUGAAUGAUAUUGAUCAUGUUUUGGUGAACCAACCCAAUUACGUGUACUGUGAUGGCUCCAAUCCGACGGCUAGUGAUUUACCAGAAAUUUCGAAUAAUAAUAAUGUUCAGAAUUUUGGGUUGGAUUCGGUAAUGUCGACGCCGAAAUCAAGCCCCACGCCGCUGAAUUCUUCAUCAACGUAUAUCAAUAACAGCAGCAGCACUGAGGAUGAGAGAGAUAGCUUUUGCAGCAACUUAUUGCAGUUUGAAAUUCCUGAAGGUUUGGACUUUGCAGAUUUCAUGUAAAUAUUUGGAUAGUUUAGGGGUUUUUUUUAUAAGUUUUUUUCU